AUGGCAACCCGAGAUGAUGUGUAUCCAUUGGGGCUCUGCAUCGCCCUGUGCCUGUGGGGCAACAUGGCCCAGAAUCAUAGCGUACAAGAUAUUAACGAGUGUCUGGGGCCGAGCCAGGCAGACUGCGGCCUGAACGCACACUGCAUAAACGUGCCUGGGAGAUACUACUGCACCUGCAGUGAUGGCUACGAGUUCAGCUCUGGGAAAGCCAAAUUCAGGGACGUGAGGGAGAACAUCUGCCGGGUUAUUGACGAGUGCCAGGGACACGCAAACUGCAUCAAUGUGCCUGGGAAUUAUUUCUGCAAAUGCAUCGAUGGCUAUGGGAAAGCCAAGGUCACGCACACGAGUGAGAACAGCUGCCAGGAUAUUGACGAGUGUCAGGGCCCGAGCCCGGCAAACUGCGGACCCCACGCAAACUGCACCAACGUGCCUGGGAGUUACUACUGCACCUGCAUCGUUGGCUACGAGCCCAGCUCUGGGAAAGCCAAGUUCACACACGCGAGUGAGAACAGCUGCCAGGAUAUUGACGAGUGUCAGGGCCCGAGCCCGGCAGACUGCGGACCCCACGCAAACUGCACCAACACGCCUGGGAGUUACUACUGCACCUGCAUCGAUGGCUAUGAGCCCAGCUCUGAAGCCCAGUUCACACAAUCGAGUGAGAACAGCUGCCAGGAUAUUGACGAGUGUCAGGGCCUGAGCCCGGCAGACUGUGGACCCCACGCAAACUGCGCCAACGUGCCCGGGAGUUACUACUGCAUCUGCAUCAUUGGCUACGAGCCCAGCUCUGGGAAAGCCAAGUUCACACACGCGAGUGAGAACAGCUGCCAGGAUAUUGACGAGUGUCAGGGCCCGAGCCCGACAGACUGCGGACCCCACGCAAAGUGCACCAACGUGGCUGGGAGUUACUACUGCACUUGCAUCGAUGGCUAUGGGCCCAGCUCUGGGAAAGCCAAGUUCACACACGCGAGUGAGAACAGCUGCCAGGAAAUUGAUGAGUGUCAGGGCCCAAGCCCGGCAGACUGUGGACCCCACGCAAACUGCGCCAACAUGCCCGGGAGUUACUACUGCACCUGCAUCGUUGGCUACGAGCCCAGCUCUGGGAAAGCCAUGUUCACACAUGCGAGUGAGAACAGCUGCCAUGAUAUUGACGAGUGUCUGGACCCGAGCCCGGCAGACUGCGGACCCCACGCAAACUGUACCAACGUGCCCGGGAGUUACUACUGCAGCUGCAUCGUUGGCCACGAACCCAGCUCUGGGAAAGCCAGGUUCACACACGCGAGUGAGAACAGCUGCCAGGAUAUUGACGAGUGUCUGGGCCCGAGCCCGGCAGACUGCGGACCCCACGCACACUGCACCAACGUGCCUGGGAGUUAUUAUUGCACCUGCAUCGUUGAUAUUGACGAGUGUCUGGACCCGAGCCCGGCAGACUGCGGACCCCACGCAAACUGUGCCAACGUGCCCGGGAGUUACUACUGCACCUGCAUCGAUGGCUACGAGCCUAGCUCUGGGAAAGCCAAGUUCACCCACGCAAAUGAGAACAGCUGCCAGGAUAUUGACGAGUGUCUGGGUCCGAGCCCGGCAGACUGUGGACCCCACGCAAACUGUGCCAACGUGCCCGGGAGUUACUACUGCAGCUGCAUCGUUGGCUACAAGCUCAGCUCUGGGAAAGCCAACUUCACGCACGCGAGUGAGAACAGCUGCCAGGGCCUGGUGCUGCACCAUGGUGGCUGCUCGCUUUGCCCGAGGUCAUCAGUGAAGCUGUGA